CCACAGGCCAGACGCGGGAAGCGAGGGGCGGCCACGGACGGGCGGCGCGGCGGACAGGUUCCGGCCUCCUGCUUCCCGCUGCGUUGGGGCCGUCCUAGAGCGCCAGUGCUGUCGCCCCUCCCGGGUUGGGCUCCGUAAACGCCGCCUCCCCGAGCGCAGGGACCAGGCCGAGUGGCCUGCGCGCGUCCCGCACCGCUGUUCCCGAGGCCCGGCGCCCCGGCUUGGGUUCCACGGCCGACUCCCGCCUACGACAGGCCCGCCUCGGUUUUCUCUUUUCUUUCCCCGGCCAAAAUAAGUUCUUCUCCCCCACAGUUGUGUCCAGUGACUUCAGAGCUCCAGAAAGCUUCUGAUGAGCCUAUCCCAACAUUUAGAAAUGGGGCUCUGGAAACUGGGAGUCCUGGAGAGUCACCCUUAGGGCUCCCGGUCGCCAGCUUCUGCGUUCCUUCGUCUUCUCCAAAACUGAGGAGCCCCUUCCUGUCUCCUCAAACUCACCACCGCCCGAGGUGCCAUGCCACCCAAGCCGUGGGUUGAGUGGAGCACGGCCCUGUCUCACCUGGCACUGGGAGCGGUGUCCCUGCGUGCAGCCUUGAGCACUGCCCCGUGUACUAACGGUCACUUGAUGUGCGCUGGCUGUUUUAUCCACCUACUAGCAGAUGCCCGGCUGAAGGAGGAGCAGGCCACGUGCCCCAACUGUCGUUGUGAGAUCAGUAAGAGCCUCUGCUGCCGCAACCUGGCUGUGGAGAAAGCUGUGAGCGAGCUGCCCUCUGAGUGUGGCUUCUGCCUGCGCCAGUUCCCCCGCUCCCUCCUGGAGAGGCACCAGAAGGAGGAAUGCCAAGACAGGGUGACCCAGUGCAAGUACAAGCGUAUUGGCUGCCCGUGGCACGGCCCCUUCCAUGAGCUGACUGUGCACGAGGCCGCCUGUGCCCACCCCACCAAGACGGGCAACGAGCUGAUGGAGAUCCUGGACGAGAUGGACCAGAGCCACCGUAAGGAGAUGCAGCUCUACAACAGCAUCUUCAGCCUGCUGAGCUUCGAGAAGAUCGGCUACACAGAGGUCCAGUUCCGGCCAUACCGCACGGACGACUUCAUCACGCGCCUGUACUACGAGACGCCACGGUUCACGGUGCUGAACCAGACGUGGGUCCUGAAGGCGCGUGUGAACGACUCGGAGCGCAACCCCAACCUGUCGUGCAAGCGCACGCUGUCCUUCCAGCUGCUGCUCAAGAGCAAGGUCACGGCUCCCCUGGAGUGCUCCUUCCUGCUGCUCAAGGGCCCCUACGAUGACGUGAAGAUCAGCCCCAUCAUCUACCACUUCGUCUUCACCAACGAAAGCAACGAGACGGACUACGUGCCACUGCCCAUCGUGGACUCCGUGGAGUGCAACAAGCUGCUGGCCGCCAAGAACAUCAACCUGCGGCUCUUCCUGUUCCAGAUCCAGAAGUAGGCGCCCGCGGCGCUGCCCACACCUGUCCAGCCGUGGCUUCGCAGUGCUGUCUGACCAUUUCAGCGGAGGAGGAGGAGGAACAGAUGUGAACACUGGGGAAGUCUGCAUGCGUGUGCGAAAGUGUGAGCGCUCACCACCUCGCCCUCCGCCCCGUCCAGGGCGCCGGAGCUGGUCCAGGGACACCGCGAGGCACGCACAGCAGACCCGCCAGUCCCCGUCCCUCGGCGGGGCGCCCCGCCUGCCCUGGGCCACACACAGCUCCUGGGCCAGGCUCACAGGGCGCUGGCUUCAGACAGCAUAUUUGAUUGCAAUUAAAAAGGCACCCUUGUUUCCUACUUUCUGUUUUGUUCAAGGGUAAGGCGUGGCUGUGAUUGGACAUCUUGGGGGCUUUGGUUUGGCCUGGGCGUCAGAGCCUGCCCGCCCUUCACUGUGCCCCCUGGGAGACACUCGGAGAGGCUGCCCCUCUACCAUGGGCCCUGGCAGGGGAACGGGCAGGGUCAGGGGUUUCACAGUGUCCUCAGUGCACCUCCCAGCCACUCUAGGGAGGCAGGACUUGGCCACCUGGGCUCAGCAGACGUUUCGGAAUGCAGGGUGAAAUUCUGUCUCUUCCCAGGAAAUAAAUGAAACUCUUU